AUGCUUCUUCACUCGAAAACAUUCCUUGCUUUCCUCUCCACCUUCACCUUCCUCAUCCACCUCUCAAAAGCACAAGUAACGAUCUACGCAGAGUUUGGCGUCCCCAUCGGCGAACAGCCCCCACCUUGUAUCGGUGCAGUACCAUGCGACGGGAGGGUUUUAGAACCUAUUGGACCUGAGAACAAGACUAUCUUGCCUGAAAACAAGACUAUCGGAGCUGAGAACAAGUCUAACAAGACUAUUACGAAUGAGAAUGAGAAUAACACUGUGGAGAAUAUCAUACCGGUACAGUUGUAUAGUGGGUAUAUGGAGGGUUUGUCGAUGGGUGUUCCGGGACAUUUUUUUGGGUUUUCGUUGGAGUUGAGUGUUGUUAAUCGACUGCCAGUUGGUGUCAAUCCUGCGCAGAUAGAUCCGAUAUUUAUGAACUUCAUGUCUACUGUCAUUUCGAGGUCGGAAAAUCUCUUCUUGCGAGUGGGUGGGAAUACGCAGGAGCAGUCUGUUCUCGUUCCGCAAGGAUUGGAGAAAGGGGCUAUGAUCGAGAAAGGGGCGGAUGAUAAUUCGAGGACUAACACACCCGCACUUCUCAUAUCUCCUUCGAUGAUCUACACCAUGGCCAAUAUAUCAAGCUUCCUACCGACAAUCCGAUGGUUCCUCGGUGCACCAUUCAACGAUACUCAAAGUCCUCGAAUGGAAAUGGCUGAACUAGGUCAACAAGUCCUAGGCGACAAGCUUAUAGGCCUGCAACUCGGGAACGAACCAGACUUGUACUUCCAAAACGGUCUACGCGAUCCGACUUAUAACACUACGCAAUAUGACGCGGACUGGGGUGAGAUAUUGAAUGAUUACGUGCAGAACCCGAAUAUCAAGAAUAAUUCGAUGUUCCUUGCGCCGAGUGUAUGUUGUGGGUAUACUAUUGGGUGGACGAUGGAGCAGGUUUGGGAGACGGGGUUUUUGGAUCAUUAUAAAGAUCAUUUGGCAUAUAUCUCUGCGCAGCACUACCCUGCGGACAACUGCAACGGCUCGGCACAUUACGAUCCACAGAUUUUCUUACCAACGAUAUAUCUCAACCAUCAUAUGAUCCAGAAAGAAAGCCAUGGAUAUCUAAAUAGUACAACGAUUGCGCAGAGUCUUGGGAAACCGUUCUUGCUGUUCGAGACGAAUACGGCGUCGUGCGGUGGUUAUUCCGGUUUGAGCGACUCGUUUGCUGCUUCGCUGUGGGCGGUUGAUUAUGCGCUCACUUUCGCAUACGGAAAUGUUUCUCAUGCGUUGUUCCAUGUUGGUGGGGAAAGCGAUUAUUAUAAUCCCUUCACGCCACCCACAACCAACCAAACUCGUUUCCGACAAUGGACAGCCGGGUCAACCUUCUACGCUGCACUCGUCGUCGCAGAGGCACUCGGAACAACAGGUACCGCACGUGUCGUAGACCUCUUCAUGAAUAACAACUCCGAAAUCACUCCCGGAUUCGUUAUUUUCGAGGAUUCUGAACCUGCGCGUGUGGUGUUGAUGAAUUUUCUUACGGACACUAGUGGUGCGUCGAAUUAUACGGCGUAUGUUAGUGUUGGAGGGAAGUUGGCUGGGCAGCCGAAUGCUACGCCUGCUAGUGUUCAGGUCAAAUAUCUGCUGUCUGACUCCGUAUCCGAAAAGUUCAAUAUUACGUGGGCUGGUCAAACUUUCGGCGGCCCGUUCGAAUCAGACGGCCGCCUCCGCGGUGAAGAAAUUAUCUACACAUACGCAUGCGACCAAGCAAACAACAUCUGUGCCAUACCCGUCCCGGCGCCCGGCCUUGCACUUGUCUUCCUAAACUCGGAUGCAACGAGUGAGUCAGCGCCGAAGACGACGCAGACUUUCGCUACGACUACUACUGCUACUGGAGCUCCGAACACUGCAACGGUUGCUCAAGUUAUUUUGGCGACGUCGAACGGGCGUGGAGGCGGGAAGUGGACUGGCUUCGGAGCAACGAGCUGGGGAAGUGCAUCAAAUGGCGCCCUUGGUAAUUCCGCAUUGCUAUCAUCCGCUACUACCAUGCUUCUGGGUGUAUUCAUCGUUGCAAUUGCCAUCCUUGCUAGUGCUUCACUCGGCUAG